UGCGCAGAAACGUAACAUAAGGCACGAGGGCGUGAACAACCCUUCAUCCGACCACGCCAGACACAAGCAACAACCUUAGCAUUACGUCGAGUGCAUUCUCUACAUUGCUUCAGCAUGGCAGCAACCAAGUACGCUCAACGAACCAUCCCCAAGAUCAGCCUUGCAAAUUUCGACACCAGAAAAGACACCAUCGUCCGCGAGAUCUGCUCCGCAGCCGAAAAUGUCGGCUUCUUCGCCAUCGUCGACCAUGGCAUCUCCCAACCCGAGAUUGACCACAUGUUCAAGGCUUCCGAAUCCUUCUUCGCGCUGCCAGAUGAAGUCAAAGCCACCGUGCCCUGGAACCCGCAAAACGUGGGCUACGAGCACAAAAGCCAAAUCCGGCCUUCCACCGGCGCGGCGGAUCAGAAGGAAUCGUACCAACUCCAGUUCGGAGAGAAUAUGAAGGGAUUGUGGAUCGGUGACGAACAUCUACCCAGCUUUAAGCCUGACUCUUUGGAAUUCAUGCAUAAAGUGCAGGCCGUUAGCGAGAGGUUGAUGGUGUGUUUGGCGAAUGGGUUGGGGUUUGAGGACGACUACUUUACCAAAGCGCACGAUGUCUCACGGCCAGACUCGCAAAGUACGUUGAGGUUGCUUCACUAUUAUGCCACGCCGCGGACGAACGACGGCGUGAUCAGGCAUCGGGCGGGAGCACAUGCGGAUUGGGGUUUCCUUACGCUCCUAUUCCAGAAGGAGGGACAGUCCGGUCUUGAGAUAUGUCCCGGACGGGAGGUCGUUACCGAGUUCGGGCACGGCGAUGCAUGGACAAAGGUGGAGUUUGGGGAGAAUGCCAUCAUCUGCAACAUUGGAGAUCUCCUCAUGAGCUGGUCGGACGACAGGUUCAAGAGCACAUUCCACCGUGUCAAAGCACCCUGCGAGCCGGACGAUUAUUACGGCGAAAGAUACAGCAUCGCUUUCUUCAACCAACCGCGGAAAGACACUCUCAUCCAAGGCCCGAAGGAGAAGUAUUCGUUAGUAACCGGUGGCCAGUUCACAGCCAACGCUAUGCAGAUGUACUAUGCGGCGCUAAAGGCGAAGGUGGAGGAGGCUCAACGGCCGGUGGAUGUUCUGAAAGAUACCAUGCCCGCGGCGGGGAUAGCGGCUCCUGUUGUACAGACGGUAGCGUAAGAAAAAAACAUCGAAAGAAAGCUCAGAGAACGAAGACAGACAGUUUGCGUCGCAGCCCCUCUCCCUCCCGCCAUCUUCGCUG